AUGCGUAGCUCAUGUAUCUUGGACAAGUCACUGGUUGUGGCGUUGGCUGUGGCCACGUUAUCGGCCUCAAUCGAUAGUUUUUCACUGCCAGGUGUACAAAUGACAACGUACACCAAGGGUGAGACACUGCCUCUCUUUGUCAAUAGUCUCAAGUCAUCCGAAACUUUGCUACCUCUUGAUUACUAUAAGUUGCCAUUUUGUCAGCCGGAUAAAAUUGAGUACAAAUCAGAGAAUUUGGGCGAGUAUUUGACGGCAAAUCGCAUUCAAAAUUCGCCGUACGAGAUCAAGUUUCUGGAAAAUCAAGAGUGUGCAGUGCUAUGUAAACAAGAGUAUGGAGAAGAGGAUAUUAAGGUGUGGGGGGACAAGAUCAAAGACUCGUACACGAUCAAUUGGAUCCUGGACAAUCUCCCGGCCACGUCCGUGUCGCUGGAUGGUGGUAUGAUGGUGGGCUUUCCAUUGGGAAGCUUUAAUCCGGAAGUGGACGUGAUACCGCAGCUUCAUAAUCACGUGAAGAUCCUCAUUGGCUACAACAAUAACCCGUUGGGCACUGAGGAUUUUUCAGAGGACAAAGGUCGCAUCGUGGACUUUAGGGUCAUUCCAUACAGUUUUGAGUAUGCAGCCCACCAGAUUGACGAGAAAACCAAUCGGAUGAAGACGUGCGAGCAUGCGUCUGACCUCAAAAACCACUUGUACGUGCACCAGAACAAAGACGGCAAAAUGCCUGUAAUCUGGACCUAUAGUGUGGAAUGGUUAUUGGACAAUGAACACGACUGGCGCACGCGGUGGGACGUCUAUUUUAACACUGGGUCGGGUGGCAAUGACGUGCACUGGUUCUCCAUCAUUAAUGCUCUUGUCAUCGUGCUCUUCCUCAGUGGAAUGGUGGGCAUGAUUCUCAUGCGCAGCCUUCAUCGUGACAUCAGUCGCUACAACCGUGUGCCAACAGAGGAAGAGCGUGCUGAGGAACGAGAAGAAUCUGGCUGGAAGCUUGUGCACGCUGAUGUGUUCCGUCCACCGUCGAAGCACCCUAUGCUCUUUUGUGUUAUGGUGGGCACGGGCUGCCAGCUGCUUGGCAUGGCGCUCGUUACGCUCUCCUUCGCUGCCGUGGGUGUUUUGGCACCUUCGAACCGUGGUAAGCUCGUGAUUGCACUGCUGGUGUGCUUUGUGUUGCUGGGAAUGCUGGCGGGUUUCACCUCGGCUCGGACGUACAAAAUGUUCAAGGGCAAGCGCUGGCAGAUGUGUACAGUGCUUACGGCUAUGCUAUUUCCGGGUAUCAUGUUCUCGCUCUUCUUCUUGCUGAACCUUUUCGUGUGGGGCGCUGGUUCGGACGCCGCUGUGCCAUUCGGCUCUAUUCUACUGGUCUUUUUCCUCUGGACUGGCAUUUCCGUACCGCUUGUGUUCGCAGGAGCUUACUUUGGCUUUAGGAUGGCACCUGCUACGUUUCCCGUGGCAACGAGCAACAUCCCUCGUCCUAUACCUCCUCAGCCGUGGUACAUGACACACAUGAUGGGAGCAGCGGUGGGUGGCGUGCUCCCAUUCGGUGCGAUCUUCGUAGAGCUUUUCUUCGUACUGUCAUCUCUCUGGACGGACAAAUACUACUACGUAUUUGGCUUCCUGCUGCUGGCUUUCCUUAUCCUUAUCAACACGUGCGCCGUGGUCACCAUUGUGCUCACUUACUUCCAGCUGCUUGCCGAAGAUUACAAUUGGUGGUGGCGUUCCUUCUUUGUGUCAGGCGCUUGUGGUGGCUAUAUGUUUCUCUACUCGACGUAUUACUUUUGGACACGUCUGGACGUGGAAAAUCUCAUUGGCGCCAUGCUCUACUUUGGUUAUAUGGCUGUUGCAUCUGGUGCACUGUCACUGAUGACGGGAGCCGUUGGUGCUGGUGCUUCACUGUGGUUCACGCGCAAAAUCUACGCGUCCAUUAAGGUCGACUAG